AUGACUAGGCAGCGGCGGCUGGCGUGGGGCUCCAUAGAUGCGCCGCCGUUGCAGUCGGUCAGCCCCUGCCCCUUGGUAACCACGUGUGACCGAAAGGCCGUGAUGAAAAAUGCCAAUAUGUCAGAGGAGAUGCAACAGGACUCGGUGGAGAGUGCUACUCAGGAACUAGAGAAAUAUACUAUAGAGAAGGACGUUGCUGCCCGUGUCAGGAAGGAGUUUGACAAGAAGUACAACCCUGCCUGGCACUGCAUUGUGGGGAGGAGCUUUGGUAGUUAUGUGACACGUGAAACCAAACACUUCAUCUACUUCUACCUGAGCCAAGUGGCCGUUCUCCUGUUCAAAUCUGGUUAA